AUGAUGAUGCUUCAUCGAUCUCUUGUGAUCUUCUUCUUGUUCAUCUCAUGUUUGACUCUUUCUUCAUCGGCUCUUCCUCUUUGUUCUGAUUCAAGAGCUCCCUUAGAGAGGAAUUCAACAUUGAGCUUUUGUCCUUACAAAGGCAAAACAUGCUGCGAUACAAAGGAAGAUUCAAAUCUGAACAAGCAGUUUCAAUCUAUGAACAUUUCAGACAAGGCUUGUGCUUCUGUUGUAAAGUCAAUCCUUUGUUCUAGAUGUGAUCCUUUUUCAUCAGAGUUAUUCAGAGACCAUUCAGAUCAGCUAUCUGUUCCAAUCCUCUGCAGCAAUACCAGUUCAGCUAAUUCCACAAAUGACUUCUGCUCUGAAACAUGGGAGACAUGUCGAAACAUCUCCAUAUCAGGCUCUCUUUUCGCUCCCUCGUUACAAGGCCAAGCUGGAGCGCCAAUGAACACCAACGCCUCCAAGCUUUCUGAUCUAUGGCAGUCCAAAACCGAUUUCUGCAGCGCAUUUGCUAGCUCCAAUGAAACCAUUUGCUUCAGCGGCGAGCCAGUUACUCUUAAUGACACUACUCCUGACAAGCCACCUCCUGGUCUAUGCCUUGAGAAAAUCGGAAAUGGAUCUUACCUCAACAUGGUUCCUCACCCUGAUGGCUCAAACCGCGCCUUCUUCUCUACACAACCUGGAGUAGUGUUCUUGGCUGGUUUACCGGAUCAGGACUCGGGUGGGGUGUUGGAUGUGGAUCCAUCUAGUCCCUUUGUUGAUUUGACUGAUGAAGUUCAUUUUGAUACUGCUUUUGGAAUGAUGGGUAUGGCUUUUCAUCCCAAGUUUGCUCAGAACGGGCGGUUUUUCGCUUCUUUCAACUGUGAUAAGUCCAAGUGGCCAGGCUGUACUGGAAGAUGCUCUUGUAACUCUGAUGUGAACUGUGAUCCUUCCAAGAUAACUCCUGAUAGUGGAUCUCAACCAUGCCAGUUCCAAACUGUAAUAGCUGAAUACUCAGCCAAUGGUACCUCUUCAGACCCUUCUAAGGCCAAGAACGCUAAGCCAACAGAAGUGAGGAGGAUAUUCACAAUGGGACUUCCUUUCACAUCACACCAUGCUGGACAGAUUCUCUUUGGUCCUUCAGAUGGGUACUUAUACUUUAUGAUGGGAGAUGGAGGUGGAGGAGCAGACCCUUAUAACUUCUCACAGAACAAGAAGUCUUUGCUAGGGAAGAUCAUGAGGCUUGAUGUGGAUAACAUUCCUAGCGCUUCUGAUAUCUCUAAAAGGGGUCUGUGGGGAAACUACUCUAUCCCUAAAGACAACCCUUUCCGUGAAGACAAAGAGCUUGAACCUGAGAUAUGGGCUGUUGGAUUGAGAAACCCUUGGAGAUGCAGCUUUGAUUCUUCUAGGCCUUCCUACUUCAUGUGUGCUGAUGUUGGACAGGACACAUAUGAAGAGGUUGAUCUUAUUACCAAAGGAGGAAACUACGGUUGGCGUGUGUAUGAAGGCCCUGAGCUUUUCCAACCUGAGUCAUCUCCUGGUGGAAACACAUCUGCUAAAUCAAUAAACACUAUAUUUCCUGUGAUGGGUUACAACCAUUCUGAAGUUGACUCAAGUGGAAAAUCAGCUUCAAUCACUGGAGGAUACUUUUAUAGAUCAGAGACAGAUCCUUGCAUAGAUGGAAUGUACUUGUAUGCUGAUCUUUAUGGAAAUGGAGUGUGGGCAGGGAUUGAUACGCCUGCUAAUAGCGGGAACUUUGUGUCCCACAGAAUAACCUUCAGCUGCGCCAGUGACUCACCAAUGAAAUGUGAUUAUUCUCCGGGGACUUCAGGGUUGUCUUUAGGAUAUAUCUUCUCAUUUGGUGAGGACAACAACAAAGACAUCUACUUGCUCACAAGCAAUGGUGUCUAUAGAGUGGUUAGGCCAAGCCGCUGCAACUUCACUUGCUCCAAGGAGAACUCCACUGCGGCUAGAAGAAACCCUGGUCCCUCGGUUUCUCCUUCUUCAUCGUCUUCUUGUUAUAUGCAUAUGAAUGGUUUCCAUGGAAUCUUGGUGUCUUUGUCUUUGAUUCUACUGGCUUUGUUAGUGUAAGUGUACGUGGAGAAGGUCAAUCUUUUUUUUUCAUAUGUUUUAAAGAAUAUUUGUGAGUUCUGUUAUUCAAUUUGUAUGAUCAGGAUGUUCUGAGAGACUGCACACAUACAUGUAUCGUAAAUGAGACAGGUUGAAGAGAUUUUUACAAAUGUAUGUUAUUUGACAUUGUGAAUGUUGUUAAUCUCAGUGUACAAUUAACUCUUUUCCAACGUUGUAGCUAUGGAGAAUCCUUAUAAAGGCC